CAUGUCAGUGCAGGGAGACCUCUCACACACCACACACUCAGUCACAGAGCCAAGCAAGUUUACUACACUCUGCCCCCUCUGGGGCACCCUAGCCGCACCUCACUGCCAAGGAAACCUGCUACCUCUAGGGAGAUGAAUGACUCAUUGUGAAGGACCAGGUGAGAAGACUCCACACAUAGCGGUGACAGGUCCCCAGUGGAUGCUCAUACCACCGCCCUGCACCCAGUCUGUCUCAUCUAACCAGCCGGGCACAAGGACUACCAGAAGGCAGGUAUGGACAGGUUUUUGGGCUUCGUCAGACAGAUCAGAAGAUCCAGGCGAAGGAAAGGCAAGAAGUAUCGACCUGAAGAGGAUUACCAUGAGGGCUACGAGGAUGUGUAUUACUAUGCCUCAGAGAAUUUCAGAAAUGAAGGUCCUUAUACAAAGUCUGCUUCCCAGACGAAAGCGCCAGAUGGUUCAUUGGCUGUUAGAAGACAGAGCAUCACGGAAGAGUUCAAGGGCUCAACAAUAGUUGAAUUAAUGAAGAAAGAAGGCACCACACUAGGGCUUACAGUGUCAGGUGGAAUUGACAAGGAUGGGAAGCCAAGAGUAUCAAACCUGCGUCAAGGAGGAAUCGCUGCUAGAAGUGACCAACUGAAUGUGGGAGAUUAUAUCAAAUGCGUGAAUGGCAUCAACCUUACAAAAUUUCGCCAUGAUGAGAUCAUCAGCCUUCUGAAGAAUGUCGGCGAACGAGUGGUUCUUGAAGUGGAGUAUGAGCUUCCUCCCGUGUCAAUACAAGGAUCAGGGGUGAUUUUUCGAACGGUAGAGGUGACUCUUCACAAAGAAGGUAACACAUUUGGAUUUGUAAUACGAGGAGGAGCACAUGAGGAUAGAAAUAAAUCUCGUCCUAUUGUAAUAACUUGCGUUAGACCUGGAGGACCAGCUGACAGAGAAGGCACAAUCAAGCCAGGGGACAGAUUGCUGAGCGUGGAUGGAAUUCGCCUCCAUGGAGCAACACACGCCGAAGCCAUGAGUAUUCUUAAGCAGUGCGGCCAAGAAGCAACCUUACUUCUCGAAUUUGAUGUCUCCGUCAUGGAUUCGGUUUCUACAGCAUCUGGUCCGCUUUUAGUUGAAGUUGCCAAAACGCCAGGAUCCAACCUUGGAGUAGCACUAACUACCUCGAUGUACUGCAACAAACAGGUCAUUGUUAUUGAUAAAAUCAAAUCUGCAAGUAUAGCGGACAGGUGUGGUGCACUUCAUAUUGGGGACCACAUCUUGUCCGUAGAUGGAACAAGCAUGGAGUUUUGUACAUUAGCAGAAGCCACACAGCUCCUAGCAAGCACCUCUGAACAUGUGAAACUAGAGAUUCUUCCAUACCAUCAGACCCGGUUAGCACUAAAGGGACCUGAUCACGUAAAGGUUCAAAGGAGCAGCGAAAAGCAACUUCCAUGGGAGAGCUCAACCAACAGCCACCGCCGCCUCACCAACCAACAUUAUAACACCUACCACCCUGACCAUUGCAGGACGUCAGCCAUGAAAUGCCAGAAACCACCUCCUCAAAAACUCCUCCCAGCAUUGGUAUCUUCGUCCUUCUCUCCUACCUCCAUGAGUGCAUACAGCCUGAGCUCACUUAACAUGGGGACUCUACCUCGCAAUCUGUACCCUACCAGCCCACGAGGAACACUAAUGAGAAGGAGACUGAAGAAGAAGGACUUCAAAAGUUCAUUGUCCUUAGCAUCUAGCACGGUUGGUUUGGCUGGACAGGUCGUUCACACAGAAAGUACAGAAGUGGUGCUGUCUGCUGACCCCAUAGUAGGAUUUGGAAUACAACUUCAGGGCAGCGUAUUUGCCACAGAGACCUUGUCUUCUCCGCCUUUAAUUUCCUAUAUUGAUGUUGACAGCCCGGCUGAAAGAUGUGGAGUGAUACAGGUAGGAGAUCGAGUCAUGGCGAUAAAUGGGGUUCAGACAGAGGACAGCACCUUUGAAGAGGCCAAUCAACUGCUAAGAGAUGCAACCAUUGCUGGGAAAGUCACCCUGGAAAUAGAAUUUGAUGUUGCAGAGUCUGUGAUACCCAGCAGUGGGACAUUCCAUGUUAAACUACCAAAGAAACACAAUGUGGAGCUUGGCAUCACCAUUAGCUCUCCAUCCAGUAGGAAGACCGGCGAUCCUCUGGUUAUUUCAGAUAUAAAAAAAGGCAGUGUGGCCCAUCGCACAGGCACCCUGGAACUGGGGGAUAAACUACUUGCCAUAGACAACAUCCGGCUGGACAAUUGCUCCAUGGAGGAUGCAGUUCAAAUAUUACAGCAAUGUGAAGAUCUUGUUAAGCUGAAAAUACGCAAAGAUGAAGAUAACUCAGAUGAACAGGAAAGCAGCGGAGCCAUAAUUUACACAGUAGAGCUGAAGAGGUAUGGAGGGCCCCUAGGAAUUACAAUUUCAGGAACUGAAGAACCUUUUGAUCCAAUUAUCAUUUCAAGCCUUACUCAAGGUGGACUAGCAGAAAGAACGGGUGCAAUCCACAUCGGGGAUCGAAUUCUAGCCAUAAAUAGUAACAGUCUGAAAGGAAAACCUUUGAGUGAAGCUAUUCAUUUACUGCAAAUGGCAGGAGAGACUGUCACAUUAAAAAUCAAGAAGCAAACGGAUGCCACUAGUCCUAAAGCAUUUACAUCAUCUGGUAGAAUAAGUGAGCUGUGUGACGGUGAAGAUACUCCAUGUACUCAGAAGUCCAGUAACCUUUCCGAUAUUUAUUCCACCACUGUGCCAAGUGUAGACAGCGCAGUUGAGUCCUGGGAUGGCUCUGCUGUGGACACUGCUUAUGGAAGUCAAGGACCUAGUUUCCAAGCCUCCGGAUUCAGUUUCAAUACAUUCGAAUGGAGGAACCCGAAACAGAAGGGCAGUCUGUCUCCUUUGAAUAGACCAACCAAUAAUCACUUUCAGGAUACAGGACUUAGUGAUGAUGAAUGGGAAAGGCCAACUACCAGUGGAUUUAUUGGUGGUCCAGAGGAUCCAGAAGCAGAUCAAGAGGAGAACUUCUGGUCUCAAGCACUGGAAGACCUUGAAACGUGUGGCCAGUCAGGAAUUCUGAGAGAACUAGAGGAGAAAGCUGGCAAUCACAAAUGUUCUAGGAACAUGAUUCUUUUGGCAACCAUCAUGUCCGGCAGCACACUGAGUCUGAAUCACGAAAACUCUCAGCCUCGGGGGCAGCUGGGCAGGCAAGCAAGUUUCCAAGAAAAGAGCUCUGUCAGACCACAUUACAGCCAGAAUAGCCGCAGCAACACAUUACCGUCUGAUGUCGGGAGAAAAUCUGUGUCCAUGAGAAAAAUGAAACAAGAGAUUAAAGAAAUGAUGUCACCGACUCCUGUGGAGUUACACAAGAUCUCUUUAUUCAAGGACUCUGAUAGAGAUGACUUUGGAUUUAGUGUAGCAGAUGGGUUGCUCGAAAAAGGAGUUUAUGUGAAGAACAUCCGGCCUAAUGGACCUGGAGAUAUAGGGGGGCUUAAGCCAUUUGACCGCCUCCUGCAGGUAAAUCACGUCCGCACCAGAGACUUUGACUGCUGUUUGGUUGUUCCCUUAAUAGCUGAAUCUGGUAACAAACUAGAUUUGGUAAUUAGCAGAAAUCCCAUUGCUUCUCAGAAGGAGACUUCAGAUGGCACAAGCCUCCCUGCAGAAGAAUGGACUGAUCACACUGAUCCCUUUCCUCAACAAACAAGUGGACGUCUAGCAGCUAUGGAUAUAAGAGACUCGACAAGUACAUUAUAGCAAAAAUCAUUCAAGUCCAAUGACUUGGUAGCAAAAAAAACACAAACUGGUGCUAAAUCCCUGUCGUAUGACUGAUCUGUUACGUUUAAGACACAGAUGUCACUCUGGGGCUUUACUGUUAAGCACAGGUGAUGUGAAACACUAGGUCAAUGAAAAAGUUACUCGAGAGUAACAAAUAUUUGUACACGUACUACUAUGUUGAGACUCCUCUAAAUAUUAGUGCCAUUCCAAGCUUAACCUUGAACAGAUAUGGGGCUUUUGUGAUGUGCAAUGUCCAUGGACUAGAGGGGACUGAUCAUCAUUUUAAGAAGACCCUCGCAAUGAAUGAGCCUGUGGAUAUAACUUAGAGCUGCUAAAACUUUAAGCGAAACUUUUUUAAACCAAGAUUUAGACAAUUUCUCCCUCCAUUUGCCCUGACAGUGAUAUGUCUGAUUCUUUCCGCAGAGCUCUGGUACACGUGCUCCCUUGUACGGUGUGUGGUUUCAACCCUCUACCCGAUUCUUGCAGUAAGGUCUCCAUUAGUUUGUAUCUGUUUUUGGGCUGCGAGUUAAAUGAAAAUUAAAAAUUCUAACAUAGCGUCGGUUGAAGAUUUUUUAUAAUAUCUUAGCGCCUGAAGUCAUUUGUUUUACAUUUUCAGUCCUUGGUCUUUUCAAAUGGUGUCCAAGGCAUCCACAGUGAAGGCAUGUAGCCCAAGCUCUGGUGUUUGUAUAGUAUAAAUAAGGUUUAACAUCGAGCCGCUUCCUCCACCAUUCUCACCGUUGUUUUAGAAGUGUACCCGUGGUAAAGAGCUGUGCCAGUUGUCUAUCCCUGGAAGCAAUAACGCGGUUCCUAUUUUGAUUGGAUGCUCACCAGCAGCUUGGUUUGCGAUACUUAGCAAUGGCAUCUGCUGAGCAGGAGAGGAUCCAGAAAGCCUCCAUAUUGUGUGUUUGAAUCUUCACACUAGUCUUUUUGGUAUGGUUAAAUGGAGAUCUUUCUCUAACCUGUGCAAACAUAUGGGUUUUAAACACUGCCAGUCAAAAUAUGAAGUGAACUUAUAAAGAGAGAAAAGAAAAUCAUUUAUCACAAGUCAAUUAAAUAUGUAUUUUUAUUUGUAACAAACAAGUAUUAAACUGUAAAGUAUUUUUGUACAAAUUUAAUACUUUAAUAGCAUGAAAUUUAUUGUCUUAUGUAUGGUUUUGGGAACUCAACCUGUUGAAACUUUGUAUGAAACAAUCAUACUGUAAAAACCUGAAUAAACAAUGAUAUAAAAGCAAAUCCAUGCUACAUUACUGCCAAGUGCAAACAAGAUCCGUAAGGAGAAGUUCUCUGCUCAGUACCUUCUCAUCUGAAUAGCUGCACACUUAGAGGACCGUUUAAGAGUUUUGACAUUACAAUAUUAAUAUCUGGCUCUGUAGGAAUGUUUACUAGAGGUCAUAUCGCUAAUUUGUUUAAUGAUUCGCUGCUCCGUUGGUGAGAUGUGCCCCCCGUUCUGCCGUCCUGUAUGCUAAUCAAUAGCAUCGGUACAGGGAGUAGGAGGAGGAUGAGACAGCCGCGUUUCUCAGGGGGCUUCUCCUUCUCCCUGGCUAAGCUGUCCUAGCAGAGCAGACCACGUCACAGCCAGGAAGAUGGUGAGCCGUUUGUUUUUUUUCUCCCUGGCUGUGACACUCUCCGCUGGCAUUGGACAGCUCACAGCCAGGGAGAAGGAGACGCUCCUUGAGAAACCCUGCCGUCUUCUCCUCCCUGUACUGAUGCUAUUUAUUAGCAUACAAGAUGGCAAAACAGAAAUGGGGGCACAGCGCCCCCAACGGAGCAGUGUAUCAGUAAAAAAAAUUGUGAUAUGGCAUCUAGUAAACAUGACCUACAGUGGCAGAUAUUAAUAUUGUAAUGUCAGAAUGAAAGGUCCUCUUUAAAGGUUCUUUAUAGGCCAACCCCACAGGAUAAGUGAUAACAGUAUGACCACUGGGAUCCCCACGAAAAAGGUAAUCACCAGUUUCCCUGUGUGAAUCGAGCAAUAGUGCACGUGUGACCAUCUCUACCAUUCACUUCUAUUGGAGUACAACAAUCAGCUAGCUAUGUCCAGCUGCCCAAAAUAGUGAACCACACCAUUCAAAGAAAUCACUUGGAAACUCCAUUCUCAUAAUUGGUGGGGGUUGUAGAAUAGGACCCUCCAGGGAUCACACAUUCAUCACUUGACCUUUGGAUAAGUUGUGGGGCAGUAACAUAUUAAAAGGGUUUUUCCGGGAUUUCCAUAUUGAUGGCCUAUCCUCAAGAUCGGCAGGGGUCCGAGUCCCAGGAAGUGAAUGGGGCUGAGCUGUGAUACCAGGCACAACCGCUAUCAAAUGAAUUACCUUGUGCUUGGUAAGCUGCAAGGAGGCCACAGCACUCACCGGAGCUUCCUCAAACAGAUGAUCAGCUGAGAUGCCAGGAGUCAGAUCCCUGCCGAUCUCAUAUGAGGAGGAUAGGUCAUCAAUAUGUAACUCCUGGGAGAACCACUUUAUCAUUUUCAGUGGUUAAAGGUAUCUCACAUGGGCAGAACUGGCAAAUACUGUAUGAGUUUACAUGUGUGCUGCUGUCAGUCUAAAACAGUCAACUUGGGCAGAAAUCACAAUAUUAGCAAUUUCAUUUUCUAGGCUGCAAAGCAUGAUGCCAGUGAGUUUAAAAGUCCCAUUUGCCAGAAGAUGCCUAUGCAUGUCCUCUGCUACAAAAAGUGUACAUAAGCAAUGGCGCACAUGAAAUGGAUGCACUCGACGCCAUUGCACAAAAGCAUUUUGCUUUGAUGUAGUAAAAUUCUAGACAUUGCAUAUUACAAGAAUAUUUCCAGUCUAUGCUUACAUAUCUUGCAGUUAUUAAGGCUACAAAAUUUACAAAAGUACAAAAUCAAUCGCUUCAUUAACACGAAUUCCUUCAUUGCAUCUAGCACCAGGUCAAUGGUGAUAAAUCAACCCCAAUCAGUUGAAAGUAUCAAAACUGGUGUGAAGGAAAAGUGGCUUAGCUGGCCAGAGCAACCAAUCAGAUUCCACUUUUCAUUUUACAGAGCUUCUCUGGAAAACGAAAGGUGAAAUCUGAUUGGUUCCUGUGGGCAACUAAGCCACUUUUCCUUCACACCAGUUUGAGAAAUCUCCACCAUCUGCAUUGUGAACAUAGUAUAUCAAAUGGUGCUUGUGCCAGCAGAAUUUAAGGGACUCUGUCACCAGUUUUCUGCUGCCCUCACUUUUAAAUCCUAACAGCUGCAGCACAUGCCAAUGAGUCCUGAUAUUCAUGAACUCACAUGUGUCC